UUUUGUUGUCAUUCACGAAGAUGAUUGAACGCCGACGGCCCACCGAUUUUCACGGCUGAAAAGAAGUGAUUUUACAUAUCAUAGACCGAGCGCCGACUCGAAGUUUAUUGGCGAUAGGAAUAAAAGCAAGAUCAGCCGUGAAAAACGCUUCUGCCUGGAUUGCAGGAUCCUUAUGAAGGCGGAGACGGCGAAGCGCCCGGACUUCGAGAUGUGUCCUACCCCGACCCAGCUGUGCUCCUGCACCGACUGUCUCCGGCGAACAACACAUCCAUGAGAACCACAGCUGAUCUAGAUGGACGACCCCGACUGAUCGGGACACUCGAGUUAUAGUUACUCUGAGACAUAACUGUUCACUUGGCAACGAUGUCUGUCUCCACGGUAUUGGCAAAGGCACUGUUUGACAACACGGCAGAGAGCCCGGAGGAGCUGGCUUUCCGGAAGGGUGACAUCCUGAUGGUUCUUGAACAGGAGCAGAGCGGUGGGCCGGGCUGGUGGCUCUGCUCCCUGCAUGGCAGACAGGGAAUUGCCCCUGCCAAUCGCCUUAGACUCCUCCAGACCGCUCCGCCCCCAGGCACAGACGUCCGUCACGGCCCUGUUGAGGACUCGGUCUACCUGUCGCCUGGUUCUCCACUGACCCGGACUGCUGUCAGCAGCAGUGCAGAAGACAUAGAUGGAGUGUAUCGCUCCCCGCCAGGUGCGGGUGAGGGACGAGGAGUCGGAGCUGCCUCAAGGCCCGGGGAGCUCCGCAGAGUUGAGGGCGGGCGCCCACGCUCGCACUCCAGCUCUGGCACACGGCCCAGGCCUGACUGGGAUAUUGGGGUGGCGGGGCGUCCACGCUCACCCUCUCUGAGAGGACGAGGCACAGAAAUGACAGGAGCACUUUAUCAGACUCCAGUAAGUCCCAUGCCUUCAGCAGCUCAGCAUGCCAGGCAGCCAGGAGCUCUAGAGUCCGUGUACCUCUCCCCCACUGGCGUGCCAAGGGCAACCGAUGAACCAGAGGACACUACAUAUUUAGUCCCAAGAGAAACACUAACAACAGGACAAUCCGACGACUGUUACUUGGUACCCAAAGGGACACCACUUGCAGGUGACGAUGUUUACCAAUGCCCAACAGGAGGAGUUGUGGCCUCUGCUGUCUGCUCUAAUGGCCCGUCCAUAGUAGGCGGUACACCGGGUACCCCCCAGACCAAAGGGAGCCAGGACACACCUGGGAUGUAUCAAACACCCACCCCCAUAGGAGCAAGCCUUCACAGGACUUCAGCCACAGUUUUGGCCCAUCAGCACCCAUGUCAAUUAACUUCUGCUCAAGCAUCGCCCAGACCUCUCCUCAAGGGGGUUUCACCCAACCCUGCUGCAGCCAGGGGCAAACCUGGCCUGGCCUGUCACCGGGGCUCCCCUUUGCUGGUCAGGGCAGGGCAAAUCAGAGUUCCUGGAUCACCAAAUUUCGCCCGCAAACCUCCUCCACCAGCACCUCCAGUGAGGGGAGUCACCAGGAAAGACGCACAACAAGCAGCACUGCCAUCAGCUGAUUCUAGCUCUGUCCCCAAACCCAGUGGUCCGGUCACUCCUGCAAGCCUGCUGCAAGAACUGGACAAACAGAGGGGAACUCCUCAGAGCAAGGAGGAAAGGACGAACAAUGGCCUGGAGAAAAGCAACAAUGUGCAGAACAAAAAAGGAGAAAAUCAGGAUUACUCAGAUCCUGUGGAUGAUCAGGUGUACGAUACCCCUCCCAGUGGAAGGUGGCAGCGUCCUGUCCCACCUUCCCUUGGUGAUGAUAAUGGCAUCUAUGACACCCCUCGCAGUGUCCCACCACAAGUGGACUCUGAGACAGAGGUCUAUGAUGUCCCGACCAUCACUCUGAAUGUGUCCACGUCAGAUGUCCAGCCUGAUGAGGUUGACGACGAUGUAUACAGUGUCCCUACGCUUCCAGGUGUGCCUCUGGGCCCAGGGGAGUCCACCACCAGCCUCUCUAGUGAGGAUGCGGCCCAGGUUGGACAAGUCUAUCGUGUGCCCAGACCUGAGAAACGAGCCAGCGGCGGAGGUCAGAACCGGGACUCCUCGGAGCCUGACUGCGGCAUCUAUGACAUGCCUGCUUUGACUGCCGAAGUCCUCCCUCACUCUUCGUCAUCCUCCUCCACCUCUACUCGUCGCCUCUCUGUCUCCAGUAACGGUUCAGGUGACAUGCAGUGGAGAGCCUCUCUCGGCAACCUUGUCCACUCAGUGCUGAGCACAACCUCCAGCUCGACCUCCACUCUGUCGUCACGGGACCUGGCCACCUCGUUGGCUGAAAUCCUGUCGACCUGGAAAGCCAGUCAUUCAGACGAUCCUCCGCCGCCUCUGCAGCAGGCAUGGGCUCGCCUGUCGGAUCUUCUGCCGGCACUGUCUGCUGUCGGCAACGCUCCUCCAUCUGAAGGCCUCUUGUCGCUGGUCCAGCGCUCCCUUGAGGAAAGCGCCCUCCUCUUGCAGGCUCAGGGCCGACCCCGCCUGCCUUCCCAAGAAUCCUUGUCCCGCAGACCGUUGCCUGCACUCCCAGUGCAGGACGGGAAGUCCUCAGGAGGUGGGAUGGGCUCCCGUAAAGGUAGCUGGAUCCAGGAGAGGCCCCUGCCCCCAACCCCUCAGCCUGCCUUCCCGUUGCCUCCCACUCCAUCGACUGUGACGCUGACAGUUGGCCCUGUUGAUGGAGAAGAUGACCCCAGCAAUGAGUAUGCGGGGAUUGGCUUGACUCCCAUCCCUGCCCCAGUACCUACUGGAGACAGCGUUGGAUAUGUGAAGCUGCAGGGUAAACCUGAGCCACCUACUGAUGCCCUGAACGAGAACGGACAAACUAUCACUGCAGAGCCGAGGUUGACCCCAUCCCCCGCUCUCCCGGUGUCCCUCUCCCUGGAGGACUCGGAGCUGCUGUCCUUUUACUCCUCUCAGAGCCUCGCUCACCUCUCCUGCCUGGCGGACGCCAUCGACGUGCUCUUCAGCAGCGUGCAGGGGAACCAGCCGCCCCGCAUCUUCGUCGCCAGAGGGAAGAGUCUCAUUGUGACGGCACACAAGUUGGUGUUCAUUGGGGACACGCUCUCCCGCCUUCUCACCUCUGCAGACCUCCGGGCCAAGAUCACAACCUCGGGGGGGCGACUCUGCCAGGCCUUGAAGUCAGUUGUCGUGGCAACAAAGGGCGCUGCACAAAACUACCCGUCAGUAUCCGCCACUCAGGAGAUGGUGGACCGCGUUGCCGAGCUCUCCCAGCAAGCAGCCGGCUUCUCCACUCUGCUCCAGCGUCUGGCGGAAAUAUCUUCAUGAUAUUUCAUAUCACUUGCGUAAAAGCUUUGUUUACACUACACAUAUAUUUUCUCUCUUCGAAAUGCCUUAUUUGUUGUUAGACUCUUUUCAUUACCUUUGGUUUGAACGGGAAGCCAAGUUGAAUCCUGGAACAAAUGUUUUAACCCCACUGCAGCUGUUACUGAGCUGGGUUUUGACUGUGUUGGUUUUGUCCUCCAAGUGUGCGUUGGUUUGCCUUUGUUUAUAUACUGACCUCUGUGCUUUGACGCCAGGCACACGUGUCUUUGUGUGUUAACUUAUUGAAUAUUUGAAGCCCCGCCGUGGCUUUGAGUGUCCGUGCGGGCUGCUUAUUUUGGGAGCUUUGCUUUAUUGUAUUUGCCAUAUUUUCUUCCCCUCACAUGAUAGCCACUUUUCCUUCCUUCCUCUAUUUAUUUAGCCAUCCCCCCUAUUCCAGGAAUAGCACAGAAGGAGGCCUUGCAUCCUGGUUCUGGCCUACUUUUUACUGUGAUACCUGAAAGGCCUUUUGUGAUUAUCAUUCUGAAGCUGUUGAAGCAGCGUAUUGAGUGUUUAGGGCUUAAUAAGGGAGAAAUGGAAUAGGGUGUGGGCUAGGAAGUUUGCCCAACUUCCAUUCUUAAUCUGUGCAAGUAUGUGUGGUGUUUGUGUAGUACCCAUUUCCACUCGAGAGCAAAGAUUAACCGCAGUACAGCGUGUAAUCCACUCGAUGAGGAUUAUGAGAAACAUCUUUCAACACAUGUCAGUUUAUGUUCAUGCAGUCUUACGCACCUCGUGAAGAAAAACUGAAGUCCCAUCAGACAGAGAGAUAUUAUUUGAGAGUGAAUAAUGAUAGCUGGAUGGGAAAUUGCCUAAUCCUGUUCUUUCCCACAGUCACAUGGUAGCCUGGCAGUGGACAAAAAAAAAAAAAACCUGUCGACCAAGCUCACCUGUCUCCACAUGUGUUGUGAUCUGCAUGGUUACGUUUCGUUGACUCCCUUUGCUUGUCAUAUUCAUUUCCUGCGAGAUGUUCACCCCUGUCAACAGUGCGUGGUCACAUCUGCUUUGAUAGUUUCAAAUGAGCAACUUUGCUGUGAUGGCGUACAGCAGGAACAAGGCUGGGUAUUCCCUGUACUUGUACUUGAUCUUAACCAUAUCACCCAGCUGUAGUAGAAACUGUGAUGCCCACUUUUUGUAUGACAUGGGAGAAUUCUACAUUUUAAAUCCAGCUAAACACACAUCUGUUUUUUUUUCAUCUCAUACAAUUAUAUUACUGUCUGACCUCUACCAUUUUCAUUUACACCAAUCAUCAACUGUAAUAUGCACACAGCUCAGAAACAUGGUUAGUAUGAAGUUGUGGUGGAACAUAAAGUAAACUGGAGGUUGAUCAGACAUUUACGCUACAGAUCUUCACUGUGUAAAGUAAACACAUGGCCAGCUUCGUCUUUGAGGGCAAGGUUUGAAAAGUGUUCUAUCGUCAAUCAUGUUACUCAUUUUAUUUAUCAGAUGCAAAUCAGUAUCAUCAGGGCAUUGCAUAAUCAUCUUCUUAGUUGUGUGGCUGUGUUUAAAUAACUCUUUGGGGAAUACAGUAACUUCCUGCUUUUAGAUUUGUUUUCUGCUGCAGUGCCACCUUGUGGAGGUUUGAAGUGCUAGUUAAUGAAUGAAACCUGCCUGCUAAAACAGGCCCUGUACUGUAUGUAUGAAGAGAGCAUGAUCAGCAAGUAACCUUUAGAUCAAUAUUUAUUAUUGUCAGUUUUUAUGUUCUUUGCUUUCCAGUUUGCAUGGCUUUAAUUUGCUUCAAUUUUAUAUAUGCACAUUUUUCACUGGGGGUGUUUUUUCUGGGCAAUUUACAAUGAACACAAAUGUUUGUUUUUUUGUUGUUUUUUUCUCCCCAGAAAGGUUUAAGUUACAGUUAAAAGAUAUUGCUGUAUUUUCCCUUGUACAAGAAAGGGUUUUUUUUACACUAUGUGAACUCAUUUGAGUGUGUUAUCUGUCUUUUCUCAUUCAGUAAGCAGACCUAAACCUCUUUACUUUUAACACUACAUUUGAUGUCUGUCUUGUAUUCCUGUUCAGAAUGCACAAAUACAUCUUUUGCAAUU